AUGAUGUUCUCCGACGUCAGUCAAUGACAGCUGGCUGUCAGAAAGCCCUAGACACACAGAGAGAGAGAGAACUGUCAGUAUACGGUAGUAGUUACUAUCCUUCCGAUUGAACACCGUACAUUCAUUUGGCUUGGCGAACAAUCUCACGAAUCAGCGACACAAAAGAGGCGCUGUAACUCUGUCCGUGACCCGAGCCCAGGCCAUGGACGAACAGGCAGGGCCCGGGGUUUUCUUCAACAACAACUCUAUCUUAUCGGGCGGUGGGAAAGGACUGCUACCGGAGGGCGACGCAGCGGAGGCAGCUAGGUCACCGUACAGUAUCCCGGGGAUCCUACACUUCCUGCAACACGAAUGGGCCCGCUUCGACGUGGAGAAGGUGCAAUGGGAGUUGCAACGCGCCGAAUUACAGGCCCAGAUAGCCUUCCUGCAGGGAGAGAGGAAAGGACAGGAGAACCUGAAGAAGGAUCUCGUCAGGAGGAUUAAGAUGCUGGAAUAUGCCCUCAAACAGGAGAGGUCCAAGUACCACAAGUUAAAAUAUGGAACGGAGUUAAACCAAGGAGACGUGAAACCUCCCAGCUAUGACUAUGACGAGGUGAUUGAGAAUGAGACUCCUGGGUCCUUGAACAACCAGUUGUCCUGGAAACAAGGCCGUCAGCUCCUCAGACAGUCUGCGAUUACUCACCACGGACUGGCAGAAUCCUCUUUCUUCUUUCACGACUCUGACGAACACGAGGUGGUGGAUAUACAGCUCCCUCUGGAACAGGCCCCAACCCCAGUGAUCUGCUUGAAGAGGAGGUGGUGGAUAUACAGCUCCCUCUGGAACAGGCCCCGACCCCAGUGAUCUGCUUGAAGAGGAGGUGGUGGAUAUACAGCUCCCUCUGGAACAGGCCCCGACCCCAGUGAUCUGCUUGAAGAGGAGGUGGAGGAUAUACAGCUCCCUCUGGAACAGGCCCUGACCCCAGUGAUCUGCUUGAAGAGGAAGGUGGUGGAUAUACAGCUCCCUCUGGAACAGGCCCCGACCCCAGUGAUCUGCUUGAUGAGGAGGUGGUGGAUAUACAGCUCCCUAGGGAACAGGCCCCGACCCCAGUGAUCUGCUUGAAGAGGAGGUGGAGGAUAUACAGCUCCCUCUGGAACAGGCCCUGACCCCAGUGAUCUGCU